AUUGCAUUGUGGGUUGGCACGCCAACAAAUACUAGUGUUUCAUUCUUGCGCGCCUUGUUCAUUUGUGUAAUGUUGAGAUGAUUGUAUUAAUGGCAUCAUAACUAAUAGAGUAUCUACAAAGAUUUGAAAGGUUUUCAUCAGAUAUUAAAUGCACAAUGCCAAAUUUCUGUGCCGCUCCGAACUGUACCAGGAAAAGCACACAGUCCGAUUUAGCUUUCUUUAGGUUUCCGAGGGACCCGGAGAGAUGUAGGUUGUGGGUGGAGAACUGUCGCCGGGCAGAUCUGGAGGAGAAAACUCCGGAUCAGCUGAACAAGCACUACCGACUGUGUGCCAAGCACUUUGAACCAGCCAUGAUAUGCAAAACUAGCCCUUACAGGACAGUACUAAGGGACACUGCUAUUCCCACGAUUUUUGAUUUAACCAGCCACCUCAGCAAUCCUCACAGCAGACAUCGCAAACGCAUCAAAGUUCUGACAGAUGAAGAGGUUCGGAAAAUCAAAGAAAGAAGAUUGGAGUCUUCAAUUGAACAGCUGCUCUCAAAAAAAGACUGUGAUGCUCAGGAUGACAGCGAGAAAGCCGACGCCAUCCCUCAGCUGACGCCUGAGCAAAAAGACCUGAGAGAGUUCUUAAGGUCUUCCUUUGAAGUCAUGGUUUUGAUAGGAAGGCAGCACUUUCCAUUCAGUAAUGCAAGAGAAGAUGAGAUGCGCUCUAAGGAGGAGGAACGGCAUUUGACUAAUAGUAACUUUCAAGCGCUAAUUGAGAACCGUAUCAAUGCAGGUGAUGAAUAUCUUCGGAGGAGGUUUGAGGCAGCGGCUGUUAAUGAGGAAUAUUGUUCGGUCAUCCAGCAGAGGCAGCUGCUGGAGGUUUGCGAGAGAUUUGUCCGUGAAGAGAUCCUUCAGCAAGUCCGAGAAUGCCGCUUCUUUUCCAUCAUCACAGGGGCGUUAGUAAAGUUCCCAGAAGGAGAGCACCUUCCCAUAUUCCUGCGCUUUGUAGACCAGGCAAACACUCUUAGAGAGGAAUUCAUAGAGUUCCUCUCGUUUGAAGGAGAGGAGGUCGCCGUUGCUGAGAGAUUGGAGACUCAGUUGACGAAGGGAUGGGGCUUGAGUAUGGAGCACUGCAGAGGACAAGCGCAUGUGGGAUCUGGUAUACUUGGCACCAAGAUGAAGGUCAUCGCUGGCCAACUCAAGGAGAAAUAUCCCAUGGCGGUGAUCACGCCCACUUCCACCUGUGCACUCAAUGUUCAUCUUGCUAACGGCAUGCCACUGACUGGAGUGCAAGAUGUGAUGUCCAUUCUGAAGAAGACGAAUGCGUUUUUUAAAGCAUCUCCGUUGCUGCAGAGUGAACUUGAUAAUGCUAUCUCCAUCCUGUGUCAGGGAAACAUAGAAAAAGAAAACAUUCUCAAAGAGGACUCGCGUUCAACUUGGACUGAUCUUCAUAAUGUGUUUGAGAUGGCCGUCGAUUUGAUGGAGGCGCUUCUGCUGUGCAUGGACAGCAUACACGACAAUGAGGAUCUGAAGUGGAAUGACCAAAUCACCAGUGACGCUUACGCCAUUGCUGAGGCCUUGGCGGACUUUGAGUUCAUUGUGACGUUGGUUAUUUUGAAGAAUGCAUUGUCUUUUACCAGAGCUUUUGGUAAGAACCUACAAGGAGAAACCAUUGAUGUGUUUUUUGCGGCCAACAGCUUAACAGCUGUACUUCAUUCAUUGCACGAGGUAUUGGACAAUCUUGAAGUGUACCAUGAAUUCUGGUUUGAAGAGGCAGUCAGUUUGGCGACUGCAAUGGAGAUCCCAGUGAAAGUCCCGAGGUUGUUCCUUCGGAAGCAACAGGUGCUGGAGACCAUGGAAAUACAGGCGGAGUCGUUCUUUAAGGAGUAUCUUACUCUGCCGGUUAUGGAGUACAUCACGCAGGAGGUCAAGGACGUCUUCUCUGAGAAUCAACUCAAGGCGCUCAAGUGCUUGUCUCUCGUCCCUGCAGUCAUGGGCCAAAUGAGGUUUAAUACUUCCGAGGAGACCCAUGCCGACAUUUACAGGAGUGAUUUGCCCCAUCCAGACACACUGCCCGCUGAACUACAUUGUUGGAGGAUAAAAUGGAAACACAGAGGGAAGGAAGUAAGCUUGCCAUGCACCAUUCACAAAACCCUUCAGCACUCUGAUGUCAAGUUCUUCCCUAAUGUUAAUGCAUUUUUGAAAAUAUUAGCCACGUUGCCAGUGCUGAAGCUAGAUGGGAAUCACUGUGAAACCGCCCAACGACGCUUACAAGCUUACCUCACAGACACUGCGGUAAACCAAAGAUGUAAGAAUCUGGCUGUGCUGAAUAUCAAUUAUCAUAUAAAAACAGACCUGGAAGAAAUGGUUCAGUGUUAUUUAAAAACUUACCCAGAAGAAAGUGAGAGUGAUUAACGUGUGUGUAUGUAUAGACUCUCCAAGUUUUCAACCGCAAAAAUCUUUAAGCUGGAAAUGAGUUGUGUAAUUAAUUUGAAAUUACCCUUUGUUUUUCAUCACAAUGCCAGUUGUUUAUUUUCUCUUUUUUUUUCCCCCCCUGGCGAAAUAUAGUACUAUUUUUACAUUUGUGAGGACCUUCAAAAGAUUCACCAGUUAAGCAUCUGCAAUUUGCAGAGUGGUCUUGCUUUGUGUUUGCUCGACUUUCUUGACUUCACUGAUAAAUGACGGAAGAAAAACUUUAAAAAUCAACCAUUAAAUACAAGUUUUUUUUUGUAUAAAGUGGCCCAAAGUGUAAAUAAAAUGAAAGCACUUUUGAUGCAUUCUUCUAUAAGGAUGUAAAUUCUUCCUAAUGUCACAGGUGUACACUACUGCGGCUAGCCCAUUUUAUAUUUUCUUGGUGGCUACAAAAAGAUCCCUGUAGAUAUGCAUUUAAUAAAAGUAAGAAAACGUUUGGUACAGUA